AUGUUUGAAAUGUUACAUGAUCUUAUUAUAUAUGUCAGGGGCCCGGGCGUGACAAUACUGAUACUAUCAUGGAUAAUAACACUCAACACGUUGUGGCAAAUGGUAGAGAUGCACGAGAAGGUUCCUGGAAAACGCUUUGACCGCUAUCACGAACUUGGCUAAUUUGCGUUCGGUGAACGUCUUGGUCUCUAUAUUAUCGUCCCUCAGCAAAUAAUUGUCGAAGUUGGAGUGUGCAUUGUUUAUAUGGUGACUGGUGGACAAUCGUUGAAGAAGUUCCAUGAACUUGUCUGUCAAGAUUGGUCAACAAUUAGACUUCCUGUCUUCAUAAUGAUAUUUGCGUCUUCUCAUUUCGUUUUGUCUCAUCUCCCAAACUUCAAUUCCAUCUCCCUUAUCUCUCUUGUUGCCGCCGUCAUGUCUCUUAGUUAUUCAACAAUUGCUUGGACCACUACAGCCACAAAGGGCGUUCAGGAAGAUGUUCAGUACGGCUACAAAGCGGGAACAACCGCUGACACGGUGUUAAACUUCUUUACGGGGCUUGGGGGCAUUGCACUUUCUUAUGCAGGUCAUAGUGUGGUGCUUGAGAUCCAAGCAACGUUACCUUCUACAACAAGUAAUCCUUCUAAAGAUCCUAUGUGGAAAGGGGUCAUGGUCGCUUACGUGGUUGUGGCUUUGUGUUACUUCCCCCUUGCUUUGGUUGGUUAUGGCGUUUUUGGAAAUGAUGUCUCGGAUAACAUAUUGAUAUCGCUCAAAACACCAGUUUGGGCCAUCACACUAGCUAACUUGUUAGUGGUUAUGCAUGUCAUUGGCAGUUACCAGAUAUUCGCAAUACCGGUUUUUGACAUGGUGGAGACAUUCCUAGUUAAGAAACUCAAUUUCAAACCCUCUUCAAUUCUUCGUUUCAUCGUACGGAAUGUGUAUGUUGCAUUAACGAUGUUCAUUGCAAUAAUGAUACCUUUCUUUGACGGCCUACUCGCUUUCUUUGGAGGAUUCACAUUUGCUCCAACAACUUAUUUUCUUCCUUGCAUAAUAUGGUUAGUUAUCUAUAAGCCAAAGAGGUUUGGCUUGUCGUGGCGGACGAAUUGGGUAUGCAUAGUACCUGGAUUUAUUUUGAUGAUCCUAUCAUCAAUCAGAGGAUUACGACAAAUCAUCCUUGAAUCCAAAGAUUACAGUUUCUUCACUUGAUUUGAUUUCCUCUACUUCAAUCCUUUUUUUUGUCAACACUUCACAUCCUUUUUUUUGUAGCCAACUUCGUAGUCUGCAAUCGUCGAUUACAUCUUCAUUUUAUAUCUAUACUACUAAAGCAAAAUCUAACCAAUUGAUCUUGGCCGAGUGGUAAAGGGGUUCCGGGUAGAGUUUCCGCCCUGGGUUCGAUUCUCCUUCUAUGGGUCUUUUGAUGAUUAGUCAUUGGGUUUAGAAAGAUUUUGCGAUCACACCAAGUUAUUAAAAAAAAAAAGCUUAAGCAAAAUCCCUCAUUCUGUUCUUAAUUUUUGAAGUUAUUUACAAUGACAUGUCAUUCCUAUAUUUAUGCCGAACAAUAUUAAUUAUUUUGAAUUUUCUUUUUUGAACAACCUAAUAAUGAUUUUGUCUCUACUAUAGCAAUUAAUAUUUACCUAAAUAUAACAUGAUUCAUAUAUUCCAA